AUGUUGAAUGAUGAUGAAUCUGCUACUGCCGAUAGGCUUUUAGCAGAAAACAUUGUAGUUGCCGCUGGGUUCAAGACUGAAUUCAUUAAGGAGAUUCGUCGUCAUGGAAGGAAGGGGACAGGCAGGCCACGAGUACUUAAAAUUCGUCUCGAAGAUAAGCAUAUGGCCAUGUCUGUUUUGCGUAACAAAGAUGUGCGCUCGAUCGUUCCCCCUGGAAGUUUUUUGCGAAAAGAUCUGACGAAAAGAGAAUUAUUGCUAGAUAAACAGCUGCGAAAAGAAUGUUAUACACGAAAUCAAAGUCUCAAUCUGAAAAAGUAUGCCGUCAGAAAUCUUCAAAUAGUGGAACUGAGGCAGUCUCGCCAAUAG